AUGCCUGCCAUCGCUGCAGCCUGCCACACUCCCGGCCUAGUCCCUGUAGGGCGCGCCGAAGAGUCUGGACCACAGGGCCUUGACCAUGCCAACGCGGAGGGGCGCAUGGCACGGGAAGGGGCCCAGAAGAUUGGAAUCGCCGACGAGCACACGACCACUAAAGCGAUGCAGGAUAAUGUCGCCAUUGACCGGCUAUGGGGUGAAGGGAAUAUCCAUUCAGCCCUCAGGAACGCAGCAUGA